UCUUGAAUUUGAUCUUGCAAGCAGGGGUUGAGCUUGAUCCUGCAAAAAAGAAACAUGAAAGUCUUCCGAACAAAGACGGUGGUCGUGGUUCUUGCUGGGAGUGUGGCCGGUUUUAUUUUCGGCGGAGGGCCGGAACCGACAGCGGCUCUCGAUGUCGGGGAGUUUCUAUGGAAGUGUGGAAGAGCUACUUUCAUCCCUCGUCUUCAUUUGGCAUGUCAAACCACAACUGCAUCUGUUCUGCAUCUCUCACGCUUGUUACGGCCUUUUUCUUUGCACCACGCCUGACACGUUCUUGCAGAAGAAGGGCAAUAUAGCAUACUACCUACGUCUACAUGAUGAAUUUGACAUAGUAAUAAAUAAAUCACUUUUGUUUGAUGUAAAAUGCAGAAACGAAAGUACUUUCUGGUCCUGGUCGGCGUGUUGUUUUCUGUUGCUUCUCACGCCGUGCAGAGCCUCAGGCACGAGGCGAAGGGAAGUACUUAAGUAGUUCUUGCGCGCUGGGAUACUUUCUGGGCCGCCUCGGUCUUGGAACGGGUACCGGCGAGGGCACUACGAAAACCAACAAGGCGCCGGACCAGCUGACCUGUGCAAAGUUUUUCGAAAAGGCCAAGCAAAAAGAAAUUAUGGAGGAUCCUCCUCCUCAUCCUGAAUUCGAAACUGAGCUUUGCGUUCGCUUCGCGGAGCUAUUGUAUUACAAGGACCCUGAGAUAUCGAAUACAAUUGUGAUGUCUCGGUCUGGACACUUGUGACGCUGGGUGGACACGACCCAUGUUGAGGAUGCCUCAACUACUCCAGACAAGCAUGUUGACAUAGUAUUUAUUGAGUUCUUCUUGCUAGGUGUUGCCCAUUGGCAUUGCCAUUCUGCAUGGCAAACAGCACUUCUACAUUAGAGAAAACUGGGGCAUUUCUUUGAGUACUUCAUAACGUGUAGCAUGACAGGAGAUUUGAGAACCUUCAUGCUGGCCGAGCAUGACAAACCUUCUACUUGAUCUUGAGGACUCAAGGUCGCUGAAUUCUUCCAGACCAAGUGGACAUAUAAUUUGCAAUGCAUAUCAGAAGGCAGUGUACAAAAAUGGUGCGGAAAACGACAAUUUGGAUGCCCCCGAUGAUUUUUUUGAAAAUCGUUUCAAAAAUACACCGGACAAGGAGGAUCGUGACACGUAUCCUGGGUUGUAAAAACGUUCCAACCCCAGAGUCAGGAUGCGAGUUUCGUUUUGGGAUAAAGUUUAGUAAGUUUCUAUCUGAACAAGACGUGUAUUGAAGCAGGCUAGCAAGAAGGGUAGCCGCAUGAUCACAAACCACCUCGCACUCGUCGCUAGUAUCCUGUUUGAUACUGCAUUAAAAGAAUUUUUCCAUAACACCAUUUAUGAACAAUGUAAUAUCUCAUCUCUUCGUGGGAAGAUGCGCGUUGCAAAUGUAUGUGCAGGAGAUGCAUACCUUCUGCAUGCCUUGGUGGAAGAUGACAGGGUUCUACGAGCUAUUUUGGGUUUCAUUGCUCAUAUCUUCUGCAUGCCAUCUCUGGGGUGGGAACUUUUUUACUCAGGAUAGCACCGUUCUCGUUGGUCUGAACGAUGCAGUGACAACUUGCUGCGAAGUAUGGCCCGCUCACUUCGACUUUCCCGACAUUAUCUCUCAAUGGUUUGAAAUUGAAGUUGGCCGCGUUUUAUCAGUUGCAUGGUGCGGAACAAAAAAAGAAAAAUCGCAGCCCCAAAAAUGAAAAUAAAAGUGCGCCGAAUGUGAAAUCGACCGCACGAAAAUUAUACUCUAUGUAAACCAGAAAAAAUAAUAAUAAGUAUCAUGGGUCCCCGUCCCCUAGAAAGUGAAAAGUGCUGGGAUUUUGCGUUUCAACUCUGACACACUCGCCCCCUUUCGAACUAGCCGCCGCGGUAUAUUACUUGAGCGCGUAAGAGUUGAAAGGGGGCCCGGAGGGGUUGCCCCCUUGUCCUUGAAGGGCUCCGUCAAGGGGUGCCUUUUUUUUUGUUUUUAAAGUCAAUAACUUCGGCCCUGGUGAAGCUCCCAUACGAAGAUGCCCCCCGCAUAUUCGGACGCGAAAGUCGCCUCCUGGGUCUUAUGCCAUCCGCCUGCGUGGUUGGCGGAGCAGCUGUAUUGAAUAAAAGAAAACCGCACAUCAGGAAGUCGAAGCAGCUGUGUCAACAUCAGUCACAAACGCAACUGUUGUCACUAGGAAGUUGAGAUCGUCUAGUCUGAGCGGGGCAUAUUCUAACUAUGGACCGCACUUGCUUCAUACGCAGAUCACGAUCACCGGGGGGCAGCAAGUGCCCUGCCAGGACGAAGUCAGAAAAGCCCUGGAGGAACAUGGUCAAUCGCCUUCGACCGAACAUGAAGUGUGCCAAGAGCUCGCGUUUUUCCUGGGUUACAAGGGUUCCAACAAGGCGCAGUACAACUCUGACGCUGCCAGCAAAACCUUCACUGCUCCCAAACCCAAUCCUCCUCCUGUAUGGAAAGCCACGGUCACGGCUGGGAACCACAACAUGCUGACAACUUGCUGCACUGUAUGCCCCGCUCACGUCGACUAGGCAUUAUAUGCUUGGCAUUUUUAUUCGACAGCUUGAUUGUGAUAUGUGCAUAUUAUAGACCACAUAUUCUGUGUCGAAAGUUACAUUUUCGACCAUUUCGAAUUCGACCCAGAAAAUUGUAUGAAAAUAUGAUGUGUUUUGAGGCCUUUCGCUUUCUAGAAUAGAAGUUUAUAAUAAACUUCUACGUAGAAGAACAACGAAGCCGUUGUCUUCAUCUUUUUAGCUGAAUUGGUCUAGUCUUUUGAGCGGGGCAUAUCUUGGCUACGGUCCACACGUGGCUGCGCAAAGUGCUGCACCGGGCGCGAACCCGAACACACCGGCCGCGGGCGCACGGGUCGCGAACGCACCGGGCGCGAACCCGAACACACCGGUCGCGAACAAGCAGCAGCGCCCAGACACGCCAGUUUGUUGCUGCUGAAACUUGGUUCUUACGAGGAAGUGGCUCGUGGUGCCAGGAGGCGCGUUGGCGUAAGCAGCAGCGUUGUUCUUCUCGUUGAUCAUUUUGUGGAUUUCGUCGUCUUAAGGUCCUGUUGCUGUUCUUGGGACGUCUCGCUUUUCCAGUUGUACGAAUGAAAUGUCGAUAAUGGACAGCACGGACCUACUUGCUUAUGUCGGAGGCGUAGCCAAAGCCAUAAAUUGUAUCGAGGACUGCACGUGGACGAACGCGAAGCUGUAAGUACCACUCAAAUUUUUGUUUUCCAGUUGCCUGCGAAUUUUUAGGUGAAGUUUUGAAUUGACUUUUGCAAUUGCAUCCUUUCUUUGAAUUCAUCGCUUAUUUUCUACAACACAUUCAUCGUUUUCCUUUUCUAUCUGCUAAACUACUGCGCGCACUUUUUCCCUACUUGUUAUUGUAACUGUUAAACUUCUUACUGCAGUAUUUCUGUUCGCGUUUAUUUAUCAUCUUCAUCAGAAUUGACUUUUCGAAAAUUUACUCACCGAGCAAUGUUAUUAUAUCCUAAGAAUACUAUGAUGUACCGACCACGACUUAUAUUUAUUUUAACGAACAUCAAAGACUACUUUUACUUUUUACCCUCAAAUAAAUCGGAGUAGAGCUAUUAGCUUCAUCGUCUGCAUCAGGGCCGGGCUACUAGCUUCUUUUUGUGGAGAUGAGUACACAAAUAUAACCGCCUUGCGCUGGUGGAGCUGGUACGUCACUCACUCCAAUUCAAACGCGGCCUCGACGUGCUCGCGCAGCAGGGAAGCAGGUGACAGAGCGCUCUGAUUAUUCUUUCUGGCAACAUGAUAGAUCAACAUUACGUAUCCUUGAAAUUGAAAACCCUCAUAACGGACAGUAGAGAA